AGAUAGGCAUGAGAUCCUCAUGAGCCUUCAUGCUCAUAUUUGGUGUCCUGCAACAUAUUGAGGAUCGUUUCGGGGACGCGCCGCCUGGUCCUCGACAAUUCCAGAUGUGUUUAUCCAGGCGGUGCUUAUAUCAACACAGACAAUGCAAUGCGGAUAUCAACAAGUAGUGUCUGUAUUCAAUAUUUAAUGGGAAGCUGCUGGUCAUGCUAAUGUUAUAGUUUACAAGCUUGCGCACGCCGCUGGAGAUUCCAUUUCCAACUGUUUGCGCGGAUAACAAUAAGAGCGAAAACUUGACGGGAUAAGAAAAACGUGCACUAAGUUAGUGGAUUUGUGGUCCUAUAAGAACAAUGAGUUUAUUUUGGUGAUAAAAGACUAGAAAAUCCCGGGCUGCGAUCUAAUCUAAGCGAUUCCAGGCUGUGUGUUCGUUGUCAUUGCUGACCCGGGAGUGGAGAGAUGUCAGCCCGCAGGAGUAGAUCGCAUCGGUCGCUGAGACCUGUGACUAUGUUUUUCAUCCUGCUGUUUGUCAACAUUGCUGAAACGACUGCAGAAGAAGACGCUUUUAACGCAGAGUCAUGGCUGAGGAUGUAUGGCUACCUGUCCCAGGCUAGCAGACAAAUGUCCACCAUGCAUUCAGCCCAGAUCCUUUCUAGUGCCAUUAAGGACAUGCAGCGAUUCUAUGGCCUGGAGGUGACCGGACACAUGGACUUGGCCACGCUUAAUGCCAUGAAAAGACCUCGCUGUGGAGUUCCUGACCGUUUUGAGGAGUCAACAGAGGGAGGUACUCGCCGUAAGCGGUACGCACUUACCGGCCACAAGUGGGAUCAGGACAAGCUGACUUACAGCAUUCAGAACCACUCACCCAAAGUGGGCCAGGAGCAGACCUACGAGGCUAUUCGCAAAGCCUUCCAGGUUUGGGAGAAAGUAACACCUCUGAGGUUCGAGGAGGUCCCAUAUCAUGAGAUAAAGAAUGGCAGUGAGGGGCCUGACAUAAUACUACUGUUUGCCUCCGGAUAUCAUGGUGAUAUGUCUCUCUUUGAUGGGGAAGGAGGCUCUCUGGCACAUGCCUUUUUCCCUGGUCCUGGAAUGGGAGGAGACACACAUUUUGAUAUAGACGAGCCAUGGACCUUGAACCAACGGGAGAGCUCAGGCGUCGACUUGUUUCUGGUUGCAGUUCAUGAGUUGGGUCAUGCGCUGGGGUUGGAGCACUCCAACAACCCUUCUGCCAUCAUGGCGCCUUUCUACCAGUGGAUGGACACAGAUAGCUUCACAUUGACUGAAGAUGAUAUAAAUGGCAUUCAUCAGAUCUAUGGACCUCCAGAGACUGUCACCACUCAAGCACCUUCCACCACAACCCGGUUUACAACCACUGCCAAGCCGAAGCCCACCACUACAGUGGCCCAACCGAAAACAACCAGAGCCUCACUGUGGCCCACCAAACCCUGGGUGCCUCCGGUCCACCCCACCAGGAGGUCCCAUAGACCCCAGCCCACAGCUCGCUCAGAUCAGGAUGCACCUGACAUCUGCGAGGGGAACUUUGACACAGUGACCAUGCUAAGAGGGGAGAUGUUUGUGUUCAAGGGUCGUUGGUUCUGGAGGGUUAGGAGGAACCGGGUUCUGGAUAAUUACCCAAUGCCAAUCUCCUUCUUCUGGAUGGGGCUUCCAGAGGACAUAGAUGCUGCCUAUGAACGGCAUGAUGGGAAAUUUGUAUUCUUUAAAGGAAGUAAAUACUGGCUUUUCAGAGAAGCAGACGUAGAGCCCGGAUACCCUCAGGACUUGUUUCGUUAUGGUCAAGGCAUGCCUAACAAAGUGGACACAGCAGUGUGGUGGGAACCAUCUGGCUAUACGUACUUCUUCAGAGGAGACCGAUAUUGGCGGUUUAGUGAAGAAUCCCGUGCCGUGGAUAAAGAUUAUCCUAAACCAGUGAGCGUGUGGGGAUCCAUUCCUGGCUCCCUGAAAGGGGCGUUCAUCAGCGAUGAUGGAGCGUACACGUACUUCUACAAAGACACCAAAUACUGGAGGUUCGAUAACAAGCGAAUGAAGGUCGACGCUGGAUACCCAAGAUCCAUUUUAAAUGAUUUCAUGGGCUGCCGGGUGCACUUUGAUGCAGAAACGGAUGUAAAUCCCGACCAUCGAACACCUGAGACGAACGACAAGAAUCAAGACCCUGACGACCACAACAAUGGUGAUGAAGAAGAUACUGAAGACGGAAAUGAAGAUGAGAAAAAAGAAGAAGAUGUCAUUCUUAGAGUGAAAGAGACUGAUGAACACAUCAUGACCCUCAUCUUGGUGACUGUGCCUCUGGUUCUGGUGCUGUGCAUUCUGGGAGUCAUAUACAUCAUUAUCACCACACUCCAAAGGAAAGAGACACCCAAAGUGUUAGUUCACUGCAAAAGGUCCCUGCAGCAGUGGGUCUGAUAACAUUCACACACUUUCGCUUCCCAAUAGCCAAAUCCUUCUACAUGUAUGUUUUCUAAGAGACACACCCACCUUGUCGUUCAUGGUGCUCAUCCAAUCAAAAUCCCUGUUCCCAAUGUAGAAUUUGCACUUUUGAUUGUUUUGUGGUUAUUUUUUAUGUUCGUGAGUGAUUCGUCCGUCUGCCAGGUUUUUAUGUUUUUCUCUUGAGCCCGUUCGGUUGUACGAUGUGGGGAACGUUGGAUGUAUGAAAACAAGCUCAGAUCAGCACAUUUCUUUCACAUCCUCUGCUAACCGGCCUCAAUAAUGGAGGAAACCGCAAACUCCGUGGCGAGGUCUUGCAGAAAGCGCAGUGUUAAAAGAACAGUCAGGCUUAAUAAAUUGUCUUACGCACAUUUAGCAGGAUUUAUGGUCUCUUCCCCCGUGGAGCCUUGUCUGACUUGCAUUACACAGAUGUUGCUGAUUUUGGACUUUAUGGAGAGAAAAAGAGGGGGAUGGGGGCUUGUAGCCUACCAGCAUUUCCUCUGCCUGAGUUCCACUGAGCGUGCCAAAGACGAGGAGGAGGGGGAAAUGGCGAUUCGAGGUGUGGUCAUACUGUCAUCAUGACCUACAUUAGCGCACUCCUACUCCCCCCACCCCCUCAAAGUUUGUCUUCCUGUAGGACUUUCCUUUGUUUUCCCCACCGUACUUCCAGUCUCCCCUAGUUGUGAAGUUUUUGAGAGGCAUUCCUGGCCUCGGAUUGUGUCCAUCAGUGCCUUUCAAGGCUGAAUCUGUGCCUUAAUAGUGCAGCAUUUCCUCUGUGUUGGAAAUAUGCUUAUUUUCACUGAUCACCACAGGCUUUUCGUAGUAGACUUUGUGCAGCUUUAGCAAAAAAUGCUUUUCUUUGUUCACGUGGCCUUCAGUGUUUUAAACCUGUGUCUUUUUUUAUAUUUCAUGUCAAUAUGAAUGUGAAUGUGAAUAUGAAUGUGUGGAAAAACUCUCCCUUAAUUUGAUAUUUUAUUAGAUUUUUUUUAAUUUGCAUUUUUUUGUAUUAACAAUCGAGUAAAUCAUGCAGGACAUGUAUUGCUUUUGUUCACAGAUAUUGUCUGGUAUAUAGCUUGCUCACAAUAAAAUGGAGUAUACGGA